GAACAUUUCCAUCUGAACGUUUCGAUGUGUCCACUUCGCUUUAAACAGAAAUUAGAUUGCAUUGAAAAUGGCAUCAGUUUGCAGUGAAUUUAUUUUAUUUGUGAUAUUGCUAGUUCGUUGUGUACAUUGUUCUGAAAAUGAAACUGUGAAAAGUGCGGAAAACUCAGACAUAAUUCCAAGAGCCCGGCAGCUUGUCAACGAUUUCCUAAAUAAAACCGAAAAUGAGUUCGUUCCUGGUCUUGUGAUAAGUGUAUCUGUUAAAGGUGAACAGAAGUGGCUGGAAGCAUUCGGAAAAGCUAAUAUUGAGAAUAACAUCACUAUGACAGGUGAUUCGGUGAUGCAAAUUGGGUCAAUCACUAAGUCAUUCAUUGUUGGCUUAGCGUCUCGAUUGAUGCAAGAGAAUGAAUUGGAUUUCGAUGUACCGAUCAGAAAGUAUCUCUCCGUAAAUCAAUUUCCCGAUAAGACAUGGAAUGGAAGUGUUGUGAAUAUAACGUUACGGCAACUGUUUCAAAUGACGGCUGGAAUUCAGAGUUUGGAUGAAGAUCUAGUGGGGAAAUGUCUUCGAUGCAAGAAACAAAUUGAGCAUUUGAUAUUUAUGCGAGACAAAGAAUUGAAAUUCGAGCCAGGAACUAAUUUUUCAUACUCCAACUUCGGCUAUGAACUUGCAGGUGCAGUUAUCGAGUCAGUCCUUGAAAAUAAGACUUUAGAUGCUGCAGUAAAAGAAAUGAUUGAUAAUGUCUUAAAGCUGAACAAAACAGGAAUGGUCGAUUCGCAUGCGAUAACACCACACAUCGCCUCUUUUUACACAAUUAACAACGGUAGUCUUUCCAAUAGUGGAAUGUGGGGAGAUAUAUUUCUGAACGAACUGCACGCCGCCGGUGGUAUUAUGACAACUAUGACAGAUUUAGUAACAUAUGGUCAGAUCUGGCUUGAUGCUUUUUAUGGACGAAGUGAACAAUUCCUCAAACAAUCGUCUGUCAGGAGCGCUUGGACGCCAAGUGAUAUGAGCCCAAUAUUUUACAGCAUGGGAUGGGUUAUUCAAAAUAAUAUCAGUGUUGACAGACGCAGCGGCAAUCAAGUAGUGUGGCAUGAUGGUGGGGCAUAACAUGGAUGCCGAUCGAUGCUCGCUAUAUAUCCUGAAACGGAAAUAAUCAUCGCUGCAUCGGAAAAUUUAGGAGAAUGUGGUUUGGAAACUUUGAUUUUAGAAGGUACCAUAGCCGAUCUAUUUGCUAGCAAUCAAACGACACAGU